CUCGCUACUACCGAUGGUGCGUCUUCGCUUUUUUCUAAUAGCAUCCCUUUUUAACAGUAUAAACGCACGGCAAUUUUGAGGACAAAUUUCGAAAAAAUUACGAGAGUGCGCGAUGACGAGGAUUGCAACUACUCGUCGAGGGUGGGUUUGGUGUGUCGGCCUGUGAGAAAGGAUAUGCAAUUAUUGGCCAGCGUCUGCGCUUCUAUAUUGAUCCACGGCGGCGGCGGCGGUGGUGGCGGUGGCGGCUGUGCUCGCGGCGCGUUCGAGCGUUCGGGUGGGACCACAAUCAACCCCACAGAGCGAACCCGCCCAAAAUGUAUUUUUGUCUGCGUCUCGCGCGGCUAUUCCUGAUUUCGGCGAUCCUGUGCGUCGGUUUGUGCUCCGAGGAUGAAGAGAGAUUGGUGCGUGACUUGUUCAGAGGAUACAAUAAGCUCAUUCGACCAGUGCAAAACAUGACGGAGAAGGUGCACGUGAGAUUCGGCCUCGCCUUCGUGCAGCUGAUCAAUGUGAACGAGAAGAACCAGAUUAUGAAAUCGAACGUAUGGUUACGAUUCGUGUGGAUGGACUAUCAGUUGCAAUGGGAUGAAGCGGAUUAUGGCGGAAUCGGCGUUCUUAGAUUACCACCCGAUAAAGUGUGGAAACCGGAUAUAGUGUUGUUCAAUAACGCCGACGGUAACUAUGAGGUUCGAUACAAAAGCAACGUAUUGAUAUACCCAAAUGGUGAAGUGCUCUGGGUGCCGCCAGCGAUUUAUCAGAGCUCGUGCACGAUCGACGUCACGUACUUCCCCUUCGAUCAACAGACGUGCAUCAUGAAGUUCGGCUCGUGGACCUUCAACGGCGAUCAGGUCUCUCUCGCGCUCUACAACGACAAGAACUUCGUCGAUCUGUCUGAUUACUGGAAGAGCGGCACAUGGGACAUUAUCAGUGUGCCGGCGUAUCUCAACACCUACCACGGUGAUUUUCCCACGGAAACGGACAUCACAUUUUAUAUAAUUAUUCGCAGGAAGACUCUCUUCUACACAGUGAACUUGAUACUGCCAACGGUUCUGAUUUCCUUCCUCUGUGUGCUCGUCUUCUAUCUUCCGGCGGAGGCUGGCGAGAAGGUCACUUUGGGUAUUAGCAUUCUUCUAUCUCUGGUCGUGUUUCUCUUGUUAGUCAGCAAGAUCCUUCCGCCAACUUCUCUGGUGCUGCCACUGAUAGCCAAGUAUCUGCUCUUCACCUUCAUCAUGAACACCGUCAGUAUCCUUGUGACCGUGAUUAUCAUCAAUUGGAAUUUCCGAGGACCGAGAACUCAUAGAAUGCCUCAGCUUAUACGCAAGAUUUUCCUCAAGUAUCUGCCAACGAUGCUGUUCAUGAAGCGGCCGAAGAAGACACGGUUGAGAUGGAUGAUGGAAAUACCGAACGUAACACUGCCAGCUUCUACGUACUCGGGAAGCCCGACCGAAGUACCAAAACAUCUGCCAGCCUCUCUGGCAAAGUCAAAAAUGGAAGUAAUGGAGUUAUCCGAUCUGCAUCAUCCGAAUUGCAAGAUCAAUCGUAAGGUGCACCACACCACGAGCAGCUCCAGCGGCGCCGGAGGCGGAGAAGGCAUGGGUGACAGAAGAGGAUCCGAGAGUUCGGAUUCGGUAUUGCUCAGCCCGGAAGCCACCAAGGCUACCGAGGCCGUGGAGUUCAUAGCGGAGCAUCUCAGGAACGAGGACUUGUACAUACAGACAAGGGAGGAUUGGAAAUAUGUCGCGAUGGUAAUAGAUCGACUGCAGCUUUAUAUCUUCUUCGUAGUAACAACCGCGGGUACCAUCGGGAUCUUAAUGGACGCACCACACAUUUUCGAAUACGUGGACCAGGAUCGUAUCAUAGAAAUUUAUCGCGGAAAAUAAUCAGAUUUGCCCCAACAAAUUGCAAUCGCGAAUAAUAUGCCAUCAUUACGACCGUUCUUAUUUCGCCCCAAGUUCAAAAUAAAUUUCUUCAUAAUAUCAAGUGAAUAAUCUUAUUACAAUUUCAGCUGCAAACGUCUAACGCUUACAAUUUAAGCGGUUAUUCAACGAGCGAUAAUUUUUCAUACAGAUUUUGAUGAAAUCCUAUGCAUCUUAUAAAAAUUCAUUUGUUGAAACUUAAUUCCGCCGCUAUUACAUGCGAGAAUAUUACUUUUGUCCACGAUUGUAAAAUCCGACUUGCAAAUUUUCUCAAUGGCGAAACUCGAGCGAUCGAAAUCGGCAUACAUUAUUUAGAUAAUAAUUCCAUUAGCGUUAAACAUUGCUGCCUCUGCAAUUAUUGUCUUCCCCGAUGCCAUAAACCUUCGAUAGUUUUAUCGCGAUGCGCUUAGAUGAAGGAUUUACAAAUAAUUCUCAUCUUUUAUUUUAUCGAAGAGAUUGGUAUUUCCAAAAAUUUUGAAUACAAGGCAUCAUAUAAAAUAAUAUUAUUGCAUUAGCUAAUAUUAAAGUAUAAAGUUAAUAUUUUGGUUAUUGGAAAUACCAUGUUUGUUCCUUCAAAUGUAGCUAUCGUGCAAAACACAUUUAAUGUUAAACGAUGAAAUCCGCUUAUGUAGUGUUAUAUAUCGCAUUUAGAAAAAUAUGAAAUUGAUUAAUGGAAAAAGAUAAUUGUAAUAUAUUAACAUACUGAUGGUACGCACAAACCUGUUUAAUCAACUAUAUAUUAAUAUGUCUGAAUUAGAAUACAGUUAAUCGAAUAGUUUGGUAAGCUAGAAAAAUAUAUAAUGAGUAUUAUUUAUUAUAAAGUAAUUUAGAUUUGCAGGAAUUCACGUUUAACAUUAAAAAUCAUACGUACAUAGAUUCGUGCAUUUUUUAGGACCGUAAUUUCAUCACGAUAUUUUGAUGCGUUUAAUUCGUUAAAUAUAGUCUUCCGUUUCUUCAUUCUCUAAAUAUAUCUUCGACACUAACAUGUGUUAAUGAAUUUAAUACAAAAUUUAGUGGUGAAAAAACGGUUCUUCACUUGAUCUCCCGAUUGUAAUUUUGACGAUCAGCUUCGACCAGUAUCAAAUUCUCGAUAUCAAAGCUAUAAAUUUCUGCGUAAAGUAAGGUCGAAACGUUCUCGAUGACGCGCACUAACGAUGUGAAUAAACGCGCAGAAUCAAUUGCGACAAUGGCUUAGGUAUAGAUUUGAAAUAAUUUUGAUAAUAAUCACGCGAAUCGCCGUUGCCACAUUGUAAUCUAGCUGAGCUCGCGUUUGAUACUCGCCAUCGUGGUAAUGAUUAUAAGUAUCGAUAGUGUAGCGACGACCUCGACAUGGUCGUCAAAUGUUAGUAUUGACGAAUUCGUAGCGACAAAUUUCGUGUGGGCAUGAAAUGCUGUAAAUUAGACUAAUAUGUUAAUUAUGAAUGAAUUUGCCCGAUGUAUAUCUGCGCGAUGAUUAGAAGAGCAAUCAAGCCAGGAUACCUUCCACUGAUUAUCCAUUAAAGAAAUUUAUUAUAUUUUCGUUGGCCUUAAGUAGAAGUUAUAUUUUGAGAAUACAUUUUGACUUGAUAAGCCUUCCAAAAGUUAAAUUCUUAGAAAAUGGCUUAUACUCAUACCGGAUAUUUAGCGCGGAGUUAUCUGAAUAUUCAUAUUACUUAAUACAUGGUUUAAAAUAUGCAGAUACACAAUGCUGCACAUGUCACAUUUUGAUAUUAUCUUGUAUUACCAGUUUCAUUUUCUUAGUGAGACUUUUUCGUAAAUUUUAGCAGUAUUAUUUUAUAUACACAUAAAUAAAGUAAAUAACUUUUGUU